CCAACUUCUCUCUCUUCCUCGUUUUUUCUUGUGCCGCGUUGAUGCCACAACAAGUUGACGUUGAAGCCAUUGUCCGUGGCGGAGGCGACGCGAGGGACGCCUGCGAGACCCAGUUCGCGGUGGCGCAGCCCCCGGCGCCCGACGAUCCCGACUUCCCACCGGAGUCUGUGGUGGUGCCGGUCGGCGAUGAUGGCCUCGACUGGGCCGACGUGGGCGCCGCCGCCUAUGACCGCGACGACUCCACCAAGGGCAGCACGAACCCCAAGGCGCAGGCGCAGCAGUGGCAGCAUGCCAAGCCCCGGUCCAGGUCGCACCGCUUCUCCGGCGGCAUCCAGGCCAAGCACCCCAUCAUCGGCCUCCCCGGGAAGGUUCAGCAGCACUCCAGCUACCUCGGCCGCAGCGGCCACCGACCCGCCAGAGUACCGAUCUUCCCCAAGAAGCCUCCCGUCCCAGGCGCCGCCCGCGGGCGGAAGUCCACGGUGCCCGAGCAAGAGCCUGGGUCGCCCACGGUGUCGUGUAUCGGGAAGGUACUGUCCGAGACUGAGCGGAACCGGUACCCGAAGCGGCGCCGCCAAUCACCGGAGAAGGAGAAGAUGGAGAGGGUGGAGCCCACUGGGUUCUGGGCGAGUGUAACAGCAACCUUCUGCUGCGGCGGCGAGGAGAGCACGGCGACGGAGACGAUGCCGGGGGAUACGCCAGGGGAGGCGGCGGGGGAGAGGAGGAUAGCUGCGAAGCCGGCGACGGAGCCGCCGGCUCUGGGAGCGAUGAGGCGGUUCGCGUCGGGGCGGCGGCCGCUGCCGUUGGACAGGGAUGCGCCGGCGCGGGAUUGGCGGUGGUCGGUAGGGUCCGUGGAGGACGCGUGGCGUGAGCGGGAUCGGGAUCGAGAUUGGGAUGCCUCCGCCUCGUUUGACGGUGCGGACGGAAACAUGUUAAAGAGUCGAAAUGGAAUGUGGUAGUAUUUAUUAUGUUUUUGUUUCCGGUUUGAUGUCCUGGUCCGGUGUUUAGGCAGAAUUAGUGUUUGGGGAUUGUAUAAAUGAGGGAUUUAGUAUAAUGGUAUAUAUGAGAAGUGGAUUAGAGUGUUCCCUAA